AUGACCAACUCUCCUCAGUCCCAUUACGACCCUCCCUUCACUCAGAAGGAGGUGUUGGAGUGUUUGAGACAAAUGAAUCCCAAAAAGGCUCCCGGACUCGACAACUUAACAGACAUAUGUUUACAGUUUGCGACAGACUAUCCUAGACUCUUGACUGACAUACUUAACCGCAUCAAAAUUACCCCGAAGCCGGGUAAGUCUGACUACAGCGCAUUAGAGUCAUUUCGUCCUAUUGGCCUGAUACCUGUGUUCGGCAAGCUGCUACAAAAACUGUUCAUUAGAAGAGUCACAUACCAUGCACAACGAAAUAAUCUGUUAAACAAAUUUCAGUUCGGUUUCCGGGAACAGACCAACACGUGCGAAGCUAUAAACACUGCGCUCGAUAUAAUAAGACAAGCGAAAAGAUUAUGUCCGCGAUCGGGAGGUCAUUCUCGACUAUGCAGGGGGGCGGGCUCCACGUGCGGCCCUGUUCUCUGGAACAUAAUAUUAGACGAAUUACUCGACACCAAGCUUCCAGCGGGUUGCCACAUACAGGCCUUUGCGGACGACGUCCUGCUGGUUGUUACGGCCGCGAGUGCGGGCAAACUGGAAAGCGCUGCCAACUUGGCUCUCCAUCACAUAGUCGAGUGGGGAAGAAGCGUCAAGUUGGCUUUCGGCCCUACCAAGACUAAGCUCAUUGCCUUCACUCUUAAGGCUAAGACAGCCAGCAUUAACAUCGACGGACACCGACUUUGUUUUGUUCCAGAGGUGAAACAUUUAGGAGCAAUCCUCGAUGAGAAAUUGAAUUUCGGUAAACAUGUGAAACACGUUGUUAACAGGGCCGUGCGGAUCUUCAACACGCUCUGCAUGUACUCGAGACCCACUUGGGGAGCCCAUCCUGAAAACAUCAGCACCAUCUACCAGCAGGUCAUCGUGCCAACGAUCACCUACGCUGCGGGAAUUUGGGGCCACGUCGCUCAGAAAAGGUGCAUCAGGAGGCCACUCGAGAGCAUGCAGCGCGGGUUUGCCAUCAAGGCUAUUAGGGGAUUCCGUAUGGUCUCCACAGCCGCGGCACUAGCGUUAGCCCAAUUCGUACCUCUGGACCUGAAAGUCCGAGAAGUCUGCGCUGUGAAAAGGGCUCGGCUCCGGGGUAUCCUGACCACAUCCCCAGCGAUAUUCCGUUAG